UUGUGUUCGUUGUCUUCAUCGAAUGCAGUUCGGUGUUAACAUACGUGAGCAGCAAAGGACGACAUUGAGCGUGUUAUUGAUUUCUGCAUUCGGUCAUCAUGCGCUUAGUAGGCUUGGUCAUACUCAUAAUACUUCCUUCAGAAGGCUCCGAAACGCCUAGGCGUGUUUACCCGAGGCUCCUUGAAGAGCGGUCGUCAGAUGGACGCAUCGCUAUGCGCAUUCACGAGGGCCUCACGCUGAACUUGAGACGGGCCACGGUUGCGGCACCAAAGGUUCGCGUAUUGGCGGAGGAAAACGGCAGAGCUGUAACGCAGUUUUAUGACGGUGAAGACAUCAACAAGAAUCUGUACGAAGAUGAAGUGCAACUCGCCACCGUAGAAGUAAUCAAGAGUGCUAAGGGAGUGAGCAUGAGAGGGCUUGUAGGUCCUCAUCACAGGAUUCAACCAAUGCCUGUCUCGGAAAGGUCGGAAGAAGACACCAUUCCCCACAUGAUCUACAAGAUCGACGCAGACGAUAUGCUGGAUAAGACCCUAAAGACCACAGAAAGAAGUCUAGCAAAGAUAAGCGAAAGGGCCUAUGGACGCCCGACGCCGGUUCCUGAUACCAUCUAUGUCGAAGUAUUUAUUGUUACAGGAAAGCGUCAUAUCGCUUAUUACAAGGAAACAACGUAUCUGAUAUGGUACGCUUGUGUCAUGGUCAACUUUGCAAACCUGAGACUUGAAGCGAUUACCAAUCCUAAGGUCAAACUAGUACUCGUUGGUUUGGAAAAAGAUGAGAAAGAACCAUAUGCUGUCGUAACUGACGAUGGAUAUUUGUUUGACGAAUUGACAAUUAAAGAAUUUCAACGCUACGCCGUGAAGCGCAAGGAUGACUUUGGUCGGCCGGACACAGUAUUUCUACUGUCAGGAUACGAUGUGAUCACUGUACAUGAAGGUCGACUUACUGAAGCUGGGUUAGGAAUCGGCUUUCUAUCGGGAAUUUGUACUAAUGCCUACGUAGCACUCGGAGAAGACAAACCGGGACUGUUCACCGGCGCACACACAUUCACCCAUGAGCUUGCUCAUCUCCUCGGAGCAAGCCACGACGGAGAAGAUGCGAAGUCGGACGUGCCCGGGCAUCCGAGCGCUACGACAUGCCCGUGGAAGCAAGGUUUCAUCAUGAGCUACGUCAACAAUGGCCUUCACAUCAUCAAUUCUCUCACUGCAGCGUGACGCAGAUAAGACACGUGCUGACUUACAGGGGGCCAACAUGCUGGGCUUUCAAUGGAAGCGGCUACUCUAUGAAGGGCACGUAUCCGGGGAUGGUGGUUUCGUUCGAGCAAUUCUGCAUGGGCCUCCUAAGUAACAAAGCAAACACCACGAUUAGGAAUGUCACAGUGGAAAUAGCGACGUGUAAAGUGGUGUGCACGUACACGAGGCGCAUAUAUAGCCUUUAUGACGAAAGCGGAUAUCAGAGGAUGUUCCAAAUGAAAGACGAUGCUCUCGACUACAUGCCGUGCGGGAAUUACGAGGUGUGCAUUCAAGGUUACUGUGUACCAAAGCCAACAGACGUGACAGAUGCAUCGAAAGUUUCCGAUAAUGUUACGCCAACUACUACUACUACUACUACUACUACUCAAGGCACAACCGAAGAGUCGGGGACAGAUAGUUCUUUCGGAACGUCAACUGAAUGUAAAUGUGAUUGCCUCAGCACAACAGGCACUACCCCCACAGGCAGUACCCCAACACGCACAGCCACAACACGCACAGCCACAACACUCACGCCAUCAAGCAAGAGACCCAGAUUUUUCAAACAUAGACCAUGGAGCCAGGUUAAGUAUGUCUGAGGAAAUAAUGAAAACAAUCUUCCAAUAAAGCCUAUUGCGUUCUCAAACUGUGA